CCAACCAAGCGCUAUUGCAAGCGCUGCCCAAAGCCACUACUCUCUCUUUGACCCAUCUCCUAAUCUUUAGGAACUGCAGAAUCGAAUUCGAAGCAGUCUAUUGACACAAAUUGACUGACCUGGAGGGGAUUGGAGAAAAUGACAUCGUUGUCGCGUUCGGAGAACCAACUGCAGUGGAAUUGAGAGAUCGGUGCCUGGAGAAGAGUAUAGAGGAUAGCAAGAAUAUAAGAGAAGAAGACAUCGGAUUACAGUGAUCCUAUGAGGUUGACCCACAAAAUAAGGAAAAUAAAUCUUUAAAUCAGAAAAUCUUCUCUUCAAGCUUGACGCCAGUAGAGGAGCCAUCCUUAAUCCGACGGUCUUCUUACUUAGAGAAUGAAGGCAAAAUCUAAAUUUGCCGUCGUGAUCGGCCAGAAAGGCAGAAAGUAAAAUUAAAUAUUGUGAAAAAAUUAGUAAUAUAAAAAUAAAAUAGUAGUUUCAGCUAUGCGCGAUUCAUAGCCAAUUUUGGGCUUAAUUGUACAUAAAAUUUAAAGGCCCAUUUAGCCCAGGGAUAUUCGUUGAGCGCCCGCUAAGCUUUGUUGAUUUCACGCGGAAACCCUAAACGCAAAGAUCUUCUCCGUGGCUCAGUCCUCUCUGAGGUUCGCUCUUUCUCUUUCAUUUCCUCAUUCUUUUGCUGCUAUUUUCUCCUUCAUUUUUCCAUUUGAUAUGGUGAGAAAGCUGACAGAAAGAAUAAGUGAAGACGUUUUCAAGUAAUGGACACACUGGAGGAAAUAGAGGAGAAACCAUCCAGCGGCUUCCAAGAAAAGCAAGAAACUCGUGAUGAAAUGCUAUCUAGGCAUAGGAAGGAGAUAGCACAGCUGCAGAACAAAGAAAUUGAACUGAAAAAGGCUGCAGCAAAAGGCAGCAAGGCUGAACAAAAAGCUAAGAAGAAGCAGGUUGAAGAGCAGAUAUCUGAGCUUUCGACUAAACUAAAAGAAAAGCAUGCUGAAGAACUUGCUUCAUUAGGAUAUAGCACCAGCAACGUGAAUGAGAAAAGCAAUCUUGACAAUUUGGUGAAGGCCAUUGCUGGUGUUUCUGUUACCAACGAACCAGAAAAUGCCAGGAUCAGCAAGAGUGCAAAGAGGCGGGGAAAAAGAGCUCAGCAAGAAGCAGAAAGAGAGCAAAGAAUUCAAGAAGAGCAGAGCAACCUUGUAAGUGAUCGGAUGAUUGAAAAUGAGAAAUUGAAAGAAAAGCUUGAACCCCUUGGCUUGACAGUUAAUGAAAUAAAGCCAGAUGGACACUGCCUCUACCGAGCCAUUGAAGAUCAGCUAGCUCUCCUUUCUGGAGGUGCUUCUCCCUAUACUUACCAAGACCUUCGCAAAAUGGUGGCUGCUUACAUGAGAGAACAUGCAUCAGAGCUCCUUCCGUUUUUCCUGUCAGAAAAUAUAAUAGGAGGAGACUCUGGUAACUCACUAACUGAUGUAUUUGAAAGUUACUGCAAAGAAGUGGAGUCUACAUCUGCCUGGGGUGGACAACUCGAGCUUGGCGCUUUAACUCACUGUCUCAAGAAAUCUAUAAAGAUAUUUUCAGGAUCCUUCCCGGAUGUGGAGAUGGGGAAAGAGUACAAAUCAGAUGGUGGUUCUGGUUCAUCUGAUGGAAGCAUAUUGCUAUCAUAUCACAAACAUGCAUUUGGCCUCGGGGAGCAUUAUAACUCAGUGGUGCCAAAUUGAUCAGGCGGGAACCAUUAUAACUCCUUCAAACAGUUACAUUUUGCAAUGCAGGUUCACUAUUCUGUGCUGUUGUGAGAGAUAAAGACAAUUUGGAGCAUUAUGAAAUAGUUGCUUCUUCUCUUAUGAUAUUAUUAGUUUGAUGAAAAGAGAGCUCUUUCUAUCAACGCAGGGGAAGAAAAUUUAAAUAUUAAAGCUGCACUUGCUGAAAAUUUUCAGGUAAGAAUCCGAAAUGCUAGAGAAUACGUGCAACGCAAUGGUUAUGUUCACCCAUUUUAGCUGUUGAAUACAAAUUGAAGAAUCAAGAUUUUGUUGCCUUUUAUAUAAAUAUACAGUUUCUGAUAAAUGAUAAUAUAAGAUUUUAGCGGUUGUAAGUAAUUUUAUGUGAUGUAGAUAAAAUUACAUUGAUGCCCAGAUUCAUUCA